CUGCACGGCUCCUGCAGCACCUCUCCUGCCACAUCUGCACCCCCGCAGCCCCGGCCGCCCUCCCGAGGCGCAGAGAUGAGCCAGGCCAGGCCUCGCUAUGCCAUCGAACGUCCCGCCUACUCUGUCAGCCUCUUCGACGAGGAGUUUGAGAAGAAAAGCAGAGCUUACCCCGUCGGGGAGAAACUGAGAAACCUUUUCAGAUGUUCAGCUGCCAGGCUCAAGCUCACCCUCUUCUGCCUGUUGCCCAUACUGGAGUGGCUUCCCAAGUACAAAAUCAAGGACUACAUCCUGCCUGAUGUCCUGGGGGGGCUCAGUGCAGGGACAAUCCAAGUGCCACAAGGAAUGGCCUUUGCCCUCCUGGCCAAUCUGCCUCCUGUCAACGGCCUCUACUCCUCCUUCUUCCCCCUGCUCCCCUACUUCUUCCUCGGGGGCAUCCAUCAGAUGGUGCCAGGGACUUUUGCAGUCAUCAGCAUUAUUGUUGGCAACAUCUGCAACGAGCUGGCCCCAGAGUCGGACUUCCAGUACUUCAACCACAGCACCAACGAGAGCAGGGUGAACACCACGGCCCUGGAGGCAGCCAGGCUGGAGAUCUCUGCCACCCUGGCCUGCCUGACAGCCAUCAUUCAGCUGUGCCUGGGCUUCCUGCAGUUUGGCUUCGUGGCCAUCUACCUGUCAGAGUCCUUCAUCAGGGGCUUCAUGACGGCGGCGGGGCUGCAGAUCCUCAUCUCCGUGCUCAAGUACGUCUUCGGCUUGACAGUCCCGUCUUACACCGGGCCCUUAGCUAUCGUCUACACAUUCAUUGACAUUUGUAAAGGUCUGCCCCAAACCAACCUGGCCUCCCUGGUCUAUGCCUUGGUCAGCGCUGUGCUCCUGAUCGUGGUCAAGGAGCUCAACCUGAAGUACAUGAAGAAGAUCCGGAUGCCCAUCCCGAUGGAGAUCAUCAUUGUGAUCGUGGCCACCGCAAUCUCCGGCAGCUUCAACAUGCCCGACAAGUACGGGAUGCCAAUAGUGGGGAAAAUCAGCAUGGGGUUCCCAGAGCCCACCCUGCCCCUGGUGAGCAAGUGGAAGGACAUGGUGGGUACAGCGUUCUCGCUUGCCAUCGUGGGCUACGUGAUCAACCUGGCCAUGGGGAGGACCCUGGCAGCCAAGCAUGGCUACAACGUGGACCCCAACCAGGAAAUGCUGGCCCUGGGCUGCAGCAACUUCUUUGGAUCCUUCUUCAAAAUCCACGUGAUCUGCUGUGCUCUCUCUGUCACCCUCGCCGUGGAUGGGGCAGGAGCGAGAUCCCAAGUGGCAAGUUUCUUUGUGGCUCUGGUGGUCAUGGUGACAAUGCUGUCCCUGGGAAUCUACCUCGAGCCUCUUCCAAAGUCUGUGCUGGGAGCCCUCAUUGCUGUGAACCUGAAAAACUCCCUCAAGCAGCUGGCUGACCCCUUCUACCUGUGGAAGAAGAGCAAGCUGGACUGUCUGGUCUGGCUCGUGAGUUUCUUCUCCGCUUUCUUCCUGAGCCUCCCCUACGGAGUGGCAGUGGGCGUGGGAUUCUCCGUGCUCGUCGUGGUUUUCCACACCCAGUUCCGCAACGGCUCUGCCCUGGGCCAGGUGACUUCCACUGACAUCUACAAGAACCCCAAAACCUACAACAAGGUCCAUGAAGUUAACGGGAUUAAAAUCAUCACCUACUGCUCGCCACUGUAUUUUGCCAACUCAGAGAUAUUCCGGGAGAAAAUCAUAGCCAAGACAGGGGUGGAUCCUGGCAAGGUGUACUUGGCCAGGAGGAAAUUUGUGAAACAGCAGGGGAAGGGCACAGCACAAGCACCAGCAAAGCUCCCAAAAUUCCUCCUGAAGGAGAACAAGACCUUGUCUUUGCAAGAGCUCCAGAAGGACUUUGAGGGCACCUCUCCAACAGACACCAACAACAACCAGACCACUGCCAACGGUGCCAGCAUCUCCUACGUCACAUUCUGCCCUCCUGCCCCCGGGGCUGGGCCAGGACAGAGCCCUGGGCAGCUGGGCAGCAGCACCACCCUGCAGGGCAGCACCCUCAGCGUGCUGCCCACGGCAGACACCGACCCUGUGCUGACAGCGCCGCCCCACAUCAGCUUCCACACCAUCAUCCUGGACAUGAGCGGGGUGUGCUUUGUGGACCUGAUGGGCACAAAGGCUCUGAGCAAGUUGUGUUCCAGUUACCAGAAGAUUGGGAUCAAAGUGUUCUUGGCAAACGUGCAUGCCCAGGUGUACGAUGACAUCAGCACAGGGGGAGUCUUUGAGGAAGGAGGCCUGGACCCAAGUCACAUCUUCCUGACCAUCCACGAUGCUGUUUUGUUUGCACUGGCCAGUAUCAGAGAAUUUGUCCACCCACCCAUCUUGGAAGAGAGGCCGACCCAGACAGAGCUCUCCAUCUAUGAUGAGUCUGUGGACGAGGGCAGUGCAGAAUACAAGAACCUGGAGGAGGAGAUGUUUGGGAGCAUGUUCCACUCAGAGACACAGACAGCUCUGUGAGCACAGCAAGCACUGGGCAAACCCUCCAGAGGAGACUCCUCUCUCCCACCCCUCUGUGGAGAGCUGUGCUUCUACCUGGGGAUACAACAGGUUUGCAACGAGGCCAUCGCCCUCCAGACCUGCCAGAUCCUCCCUCCUCCCUGCUCUGCUCGUGGCAAACCCUCCAGAAGAGAAUCCUCCAGACCCUCCAGAGGAGACUCCUCCAGACCCUCCAGAGGAGACUCCUCCAGACACUCCAGAGGAGAAUCCUUCAGACCCUCCAGAGGAGACUCCUCUCUCCCACCCUUCCAUGGAGAACUGUGCUUCUGCCUGGGGAUGGAACAGGUUUGCAACGAGGCCAUCACCCUCCAGACCUGCCAAAUCCUCCCUGCUCUGCCCGUGGCACUCAGAGCAGAGGACUCUGGAGCAGGCAGAGCCAGCUGGGGCAGCAGGAGCUCAGGAGAUGCCAUCUCAUGGAUUCUCAGCUGGAGGCAGGUGCCUGAGCUCAGGGGACAUUCAGCCACCCCUUUGUCCCUCACCAUCCUCCUGCCCACCUGGAAUUGCAUCCCCUGGUCCUGCUCCUUGCCUUUCCCUCUUCCCUGUUUCCCCCAGCCAGUGAAACACAAGCAAACACUGGAAGCUUUCAGGAGGGGUGGCAGGGCAGCUGUGCCAGCUGCUGCUGCUCUCUGAUGUGCACUGACCCCGGGGGGGCUGGCACUGCCACCCCCCGAAUUUCCCUGUGUGUCUCUGCAGCCUCUGCCUCUCCUCCUCUGUGUCCCAGCAGCCCAAAAAACACUGCCUCAGACCUGUGCUGUGUUUCUGGCACCCCGAAGACCUCAGGACUUUCUCAGCAGAGCUAAAUUCUGAAAUACAUAUAUUUUUUUCAUACUAAUAGGAGAGGUUUGUACUCAGAAAUAAGAAUUAUGUGCAUGCUGUCCUGCCUGCCCAGUGGGUUGAGUACAUGAAAACAGAGUCUAUUUUAAAAAGCUAAAUUUUCUAUUUUAACACUCUAAAAUAUUACAAAUACAGGCAAGAUUUACUGUCUGGUUUUGAAGCACACAGACAUUAUUGAGCUGAUGGCUGAAGGCUUCCUGGACCUUUCCUGCAGCUCCCAGAUGUCUCAUUUUUAAGGAAAAUAGAGUUUCCUGCACCAUCCUUGCUAGACAGUCACUGAAGGAAACAACAGCAGCAGCCUGCCAGUUUGGUUUUAUGUAACAUCUCAAUAACCAAGCCACCAUUUCUCUACCUCAAUUUCUGAUGAUGUGGUGCAGGAGAGUAAUAAAACCAAAGGAGGGCAGAAAACCCCACUAGCUGAUGGUUAUUACUUAUUUUAAUCUUAGACAACAGUGGUUUCUCCAGAAAUCUCCAUGUAUAGCUUGUUUUACGAGGUAAAAGCAAGAGAUUGAGUCUCUUAAAUUAUCUUUGAGGGUGAUUCCUCAUGGCCUUUUGUACUGCCUGAGAGCUCCUUUUAAAAGUGCUAAUUUGGAAAGAAAGGCAAUGAAGAAAUCGGUGCAGAGCAACAGGAAACUGUCCUGAUCAAUAUUUUUGGGUCUCUGAGGUGGCAUCCCAUGGAAAGAGGGAAGUUCCAGUUCCCAGCUCUACAUCCAAGAUUCCUUACAGGAGGUUGAUUUCCCAGCCUGGGCUCGGACAGGCCAAAUGCAGGAAUCCUCAGAGCAGAGGCAAAAACCAGAUUGUAUUUCCUGAACUUCCUGCAAGAAAUGGAAUGGGAUGUCACGAGAAAUGGCUCAGAAAGAGCAGAGGUGGCUCUCCUGCAAAUCAUGACCCAGGCAGAAGGAAAUCCCAUUUCUGUGGGCAAAUUCUGGGUCAGUUCUGGCAAUAAAUGUAACAGCAGCAGGUAAAUGGCACUGCUGGAGGCACAAUGUGGCCAAAGUCAUAAUUCCCAAGUGCCUGGGCAGAGAAUCAGGGGAGCUCAAAGUCACGCUGGUGAAAUAGUUUCACUUCCAGUAAAAUAUUCCUUUUAUUGCUCUUAAGUAACAGUAAGGAUGAUGUGUUUUGGCUCUGAAGCCUUACUUGGUAAAUGCAUGAUGUGUAACCAGCUCAGAAAUGUUUGUAAUUUAUUUAAUUUAAAGUCGGUUUCGUUCUUCUUUCUUUUUUUUUUUUUUUCCUUUUUUGAUAAUAAAGAAUGUGUGAACAAUCA